AACCAAGUCAUGUAAUAAAUUGGUUAAAGAGAACUGUUACUGCUGAUUUCAAAUUGAUAAUCUUUCUGAUCAUGUAGGUCAUAAAGGAAAAUAGGUUGCAAGAGGUUUGCAAGGCUUUGGGCAUCACAGAACAAAAGGACCUAUCAACAGAAUAUUACAAAUAUCUGCUCGAUCAAUAUGAACUACUGUCCUUCAGGACUGACCAAACUCCGAAGUCUCCUUCCUCAGAUCCUCACUUGAGGACGGUCAAACAAGAUUUAACAACAUCAGAAGCUCUGGUUCACCUAAACUCAGUGCCAAAAGCAGGGGACAACACCACAACAAUAUCAACAUCUCUUUCAUCUGGCUACAAAGGCUCAUUAGUAACAACAUUUCCAGCAGAGAUGCAUAGACCAGGAGCAGCAUUACAGCAGAAUCCAGAAUUCCAUCUGUCUAAUACAAAAAGCCCAACUGGGGCUCUUCCACCUAAAGAGGUACGACCAGGGGCAACAACAACAGAGAUUCCAGAAUCUUUUUUCUCUGAUAUAGUCUCAGCCGGAUGGAAUGUCAUAUGGAGACCACCAACACAGACCCAACAAGCAACAUUACAACAGAUUCCAGCAUUCCAUUCUUCUGAUAAGAGAGGCUCACCCCUGAUAGAGAGGCUAAGCCAGGGGCAACUUCAGAAAGAGAUUCCAGAAUUUCAUUCCUCUAAUAAGAGAAGCAUAUCCAUAGGCGAUGUCAGAUCAAAGGCACCACAGAGACGGAUUCAAGGAAAUGCUGGCGGUGGAAACUUUGAAUUGAAGGGAAAACAUGUUGGAACCCACAACUGGGGUGGGGAUUCAUCUUUGGCCACAGAUCACAAAGACUGGGGCAAAGAACUAUAUCUAGCUGCAGGACUCAGUUCUAGCAGACCUCUUUCGAAAGCCAAAGGAGUCGAAGACAACCAUUUGGAUGUAAAUAAGUAAUUCUUCAAUUACAGGAAAAAAAUUAUUUCCUGGUCUGCCUUCAUCCAAUGCCAAUCAUACUGAAUACUGACUUCUAAUGUAAAUUCAACUCAUAACGACAGAUGAUAGCAUACAUCUGUCGUUAUGAGUUUCUAGCAAAAAAAGGGCAUCUAUACUUUUCCAGCAAAAAAAAAAAAGAAGGGCAUCUAUACUUCCUACCUCUCCUCUUAUUGCUUGACUGAGUUUCUAUAUGUUCAAAGUGUGCUAUUUGUUACAUUAUUGCAUCAUUUUAUUUUCAAAACAGAAGAUUAUUGGCAUGCAUACUUCAUUCAGAGGCACACUUCUUUUUUGUCGUAAUUAGUUAAAAAUAAAAUAAAAAUAAAAAAUAAAAAAUUAGCCCUGCUAUCACAUAUUGGGAAUCUUAUGCU